AUGCACGGUGCGUACACAUGUGCUUGCGGAAAGAGCGCAAGAAUUAGUACUAACACGUUUGGUGUUACUGUGUUUGUCUUUUGCAGCACGGCUGAUACACUUGAGUUCAAACAGAAAGUUUUAACCAUGUUCUCCGACGAACUGGGCCUGCAGGGAUGGACGCAGGCGUCUGUUGCACCUGCGCUUUUCCCACUCCAGGCUGAACGUCUUACACUCAAGCGCAUCAGUGGCGCAUUCACCAACGCCGUCUUUUUUGUCGGGUACAAUGCAGCUCCGGGCCAAUCACCGUCACCGCCAACACUUCUCUUGCGUGUGUAUGGUAUAGGAAGUGAAGCGCUACUUUCAAGACGUAGCGAGCUGUUGAUUCUACACACGUUAUCGAGUCUUUACGAGAUUGGGCCGCAUAUUCUCGGCACUUUUGCGAACGGGCGUGUCGAGGAGUUUUAUGAGUGUGAACCGAUAGGUCGCCUCGGUCUCCGCGACUUUGGCUCACCAGAGAAUGAAGGUCCGGCAUGCUGGGUCGCUCGCCGCAUGCGCGAGAUGCAUGAAGUGCCGCUCGAUGUCAUGCGCACCGUGCUUGAGCAGGGUGACUUGAAGUCGCCUAGUGUUGGAUUUGGACGCGGGAUUGAGAACAACAUCAUGGCCUCGAGUCACCAUCUCAGUCGCCGCCGACACCGUCCUACUGAAACAAGCUCGCCGGCGUGGCUCAGUUACAGCUACUUUGCGCAUCCGUCGCCAGGCCUCUUUCCUAAGCAAGCGAAUGCGUCAACGAUGUCGUUUGACUCUUUGGCCACUAGCUACGACUCAAUGGCAAGCCCAAUCCGCUCCAUACUUACGCCCAAUGGCGUGCCAACUAUGCCAGGCGACUCACACAUGAGUCCACUCGCCCUUGGACCUUCCGACGCGCCACCACUGUCCACCUCGCCGGCAUCACGAGCCCCUUACCCAGGUGUUUGGCGCCGCCUUAAGCGCUGGACGCGCGAAGCUAGCAAAGUUGUUGAAUAUGUGAAUGCAUUCGCCAAUUCUCCCGAAGGCCAUGCCGUCUGUGAAGCGUAUGGUGUGGGUCCCCUUCCUGUGACUCUCGACACACCCCGGCCGUCGAAAGUGGCUCUUGCCGAGGAACUUCGUGCUACCCGAUAUCUCUUUCAAGAUAUGAUGCGAUGUCUUUUGGCUGUGGACUUGCCGAUGCUGUGUUUCGAAAUUUCCGCGUACAAGCAGUAUGUGCGUGCUUGGGAACGUGCGGAAGGCAAGAGCCGCCGUGUAUUUUGUCACAAUGAUUCCCAAUAUGGGAACUUACUUUUGCUGCGCUUGAACGAGCGCGGCGAACUACCAGCCAUGGCUUCAGGUAUGCCACGGGACGAACCUGUAUCAUUCGGCAAACCACCUAGGGAUGCAUCACCUUAUCUCUCUUCUCGCUCUCGCUCGCGAUCGCGAUCUCGUUCACACACAAAGGAGCCGCAUCAGCGGCUCGUAGUUAUUGACUUUGAGUAUUCAAUGCCGAAUCCUCGUGCGUUUGACAUCGCGAAUCAUUUUCACGAAUGGCGUGCCGACUACGUUCAUCCAACGCUAUCUUGGAGCCUUGCGCACCACGGUGCAUAUCCAACAAGAGAAGAACGUCAGCGAUGGCUGCAUGCAUACGUGGAUCAAGGUCGCCGCAUGCAUAAACGAGGCCACAGUCCAUCGAAGCUUCUGACUCCUGAAAUGUUACCUAGUGUGUCAGAAAUGGCGCUGCCCCCUUCUGUAACAUCAGAAACUCCCGGAUCAACUCAGUGCUCGCCUAAAAGCUUGGCUUCGCCACGCUCCCCCCAUUCUAUUCAGGCACAAAUUGAUCGUCUUGAACAAGAGGUUAGUGUCUGGUCUCCUGCAGUGCAUGCUGUAUGGGGUCUAUGGGGCGUUGUAAUUGCUGGUGACGAAAUUUCCAUGUUGUUAGAUCACAUGAAAAAGUACGUGCAGUCCACGCCGCAGGGUCUGGUGGUGGACGUCAAAGCUUUGGACGACGACGCACAUUCCAAAGCUGAUCAUUCGGAAGAGUUUGAUAAUUUGCGCUUUGCACUGGGGCGCUUUGAAAUGUUCCGACAGGAGCUUGAAGAACGGGGUGUACGGCCACAGUCACAGGUACAGUUGCACAAAACAUAG